AUGCAACGGCCGACGAAUCUAACUCCAGACGAUAGUUCCCAGACUGAGGUGAAUCAUGGAUCUGGUCAAGGAGAGGCCGCCGGCCCACAAAUCCCCAGGGUGGUCAUUGAAUCCACAGGACAGACGCGAUUUGCGAGCUCCGUGCUUAGAGUUUUAUCAAUGCAACGUUUCUACAAGAAAACUGGCAGAAGAUCACGUGAUUCUUGGCUCGAGCGCUACACCGGCACAUAUCAAGAAGACAGGGACUGGCGCCGACCACUCAUGCGCAGAUCAGCCUCAAAUUCACCCCAAGUUCAGAGCCCCACUUCGGAGGGGACGGGGAGUUCUCGCGACGCAUCAGAUGCCCGGCUUGACAAGGCAAGCUGCAAUUGUACGCUGGUGUUUGACCCUUCAGGGGACUUGUACUUCUUCUGGCUGAUCGUGGUCGUUCUCGGAAUCUUGUACAACUACUGGAUGAUUAUUUUCCGCGUGGCUUUUUUCGUACGAGAGCAGAAGUUUGUAAUACCAUUCAUGGCGAUCGAUUAUAGCUGUGACUUCGUAUUUCUCCUAGACAUCAUAGUGCAAUUUCGCACAGGGUACUUUCUCGACGGCAAGAUAGUCACAGAUACCAAACAACUGGCCAAACGUUACAUGAAAUCUCGGGGUUUUUUUCUGGAUUGCGUUUCCAUCCUACCAGUCGACCUCCUCUUUCUGGUGUUAGGUCCCAGGCCUGCUCUGCGAUUUGGUCGGCUACUCAAGGCGCACAGACUUUUUCUCUUUUGCGAUCGCGUUGAGAUCUACAGCGGUCGCCCCAAGCUGUUUAACCUGCUAAAGCAGAUUCAUUAUCUGUUUCUGAUAAUUCAUUGGGUGGCUUGUUUCUACUUUCUUCUUUCAUAUAUGGAGGGAUUUGGAGCUGACAAAUGGCUUCAUCCCAAGCUCGAGGGUCAGUGGGAAGAGGUGAGUAAAGACAUGUGCUUAAUUCAUAUGCUCAAUCCAUCAUGGCGACUUUAAAUUUGUCACAAGACGAGACUGAGUGUUCUCUAUUCCCAUUUUCAGGUCGGUCCUCAAUAUCUCUACAGCCUGUUUCGUUCACUGGUAUCCAUGACAACAGUGGGCACAGGUAAACAAGUCUCGCCCCAGACCACCAUGAGUCUAAUGUUCUGUAUCUUCACGUACCUAUGUGGAGUUCUGAUAUUUGCUACCAUUGUAGGCAACGCGGCAGAUAUGAUUGUUGAUCUCAGGAGACAUCGAGAGAAAUACCAUAGGAAGGUCUGUUGUUGUUUAUGGUUCUAUUAUCUCUCAGUCUGUCUGUCUGUCUGUCUGUCUCCGACUGUCCGUCUUACCCUUUAUCUGGUAAUUUAGUGUUAACAACUGAAUUGAAAACGUAAAUUGGCCACUGUAAAGGGUAAAAACCUUUACCCUUUAUCUAUCUGUCUGUCGCUGUCUAUCUGUUUCCUUGACUGUGUCCAUGUAUGUCUUACUGUCUGUUUCUCUGUCUUUCGUUUUUGCAUAUGUUUCAAACAUGUGUCCCGUUUUUUAAUCUGUCAGUCAGUGCAUCCAUCUGAUCUCUGACUGUCCUAUUUCUACGCGUGUCCUUUCUACGAGCGGCUAGCCUGCCUUCCUUAUUGUAUGUUAUUGUUUUUCUCUCGUUCUCUCUUAGACUGUGUUCUUUGUGAGUGCCUAACUUCUCUAUCUCUCUGUCUUUCAUGAUCUGUUUAUUUUUCUUUCUUUCUCCGCCUUUUUGUCCGUCUCCCCCUGUUUGAUUGUCCGUUUUUUUAUGUCAUUUCGUGUAUUACUCUUGUGGAUUUCCUUAAUUAAUCUAGAGAUAUAACUAAAGAUGACAUCCGUGUCAAUUCCUCAACUUAGAUUUAAUGACCAACAAAAGCAGGCGUCUCACUGAGUCUUGACCCUCAUUACUAAAAUACAACGUUAGCAUUUCAUCUCUCUGGUACAUACUGAGAGUAAUUUAGCAGACCUUUUGUCCCUUUAUUCACUGCAAAUUAUUUCUUAUUAAAUGCGAUUAUACCUUUUUAUCUUAAGUUGGAUGGAAUGAAGGAGUAUAUCGCGGCUAAUCAACUACCGAUGGAUCUUCAGCGGCGAGUCAUUCAGUGGUUUGAUUUUGCGUGGAGAAACAAGAAAGAUAUGAGUGAGGAGGAGCUCUUUCAACAACUAAACGACAAUAUUCGCGCAGAAAUUGCCAUUCACGUCAACUUGGACACACUGAAGAAAGUGAAGAUGUUUGAACACUGCGAUCCAGGCUUUUUGCGCGAGCUCGUUUUAAAGUUGAAGCCCAUGUUAUGUUCCCCAGGUAACGCUCCCCCGUAUCAUGCAAAGUAUAAAUAAGACAUUUUAACUAAUAGGAAUUUAGAUUAUGGAUAUGUGAUUGGGUUCAAGGGUGGGGAAAUUUCGCGCGCACGCGAAAAAGAAUCACGAUUAGAUUAAGUCUGCUCUAUGAUUGGUUUAAAAUGUGAAAGGUGUUCUGCGCAAAAUUGAAGACCGUACACUUCACAUUUAAACCAAAAAGAUGCGUUUUUUAAUUUGGAUUCUAGCCUUCGGUUGAUAUGUGUUGUUUUUCGUUUCUUUUUAUGAUUUUGUUUUUUUAAUCAAUUCUAGGAGAUUAUGUUUGUCGUCAAGAUGAAAUAGGGCGUGAAAUGUACAUUGUCAAUCAAGGCGAGUUAGCAGUUGUUGACAAGAGGGGAGCACCACUAGCGAAACUUUCCGCCGGUCGACAUUUUGGAGAAAUAAGUAUUCUUGACAUAAAAGGGAUUGGAAAUCGUCGGACUGCUUCCGUUCGUUCGGUAGGAUUCUCCGAUCUUUUCCGACUAUCGAAGGCUGAUCUAGAGGAGGUCCUCGCGUUCUACCCAGAGGAGAAAGAACAACUGGCGAAAAUCGCUCGGCAGACGUACGAGAAACAGCGGAGAGAGAGAAUGAAUCAAAAAGUAGAAAAUGACGACUUGGACAAGGAUCAGUCAAGUUAGUUGAGAGAAAAAUCUCUAGAGCCUCUAGGCAUUGUUUCAAACCAACCUCAUUUUGCCUUUUUGUUGAAGGAAAACUGAUUCUCUUAUGAUCGUGUCAAACGUUUAAAUACACAACAUCCUCGCCAUGUUUGAGCGCUCUGAAACCUGUGGCCAAGUAAUUGACGUAAAUCCGAUAUUUUUACGCAAAGUUUCGGAGUUAUAUAAUCAUUUGAUAUGAUCAAAACGAGAAAUGUAAACCGAUGCUUGCAGGCUCAUCCAGCAUUUACUUGUUCCCAGAGCUACGUCGUCAUGAUUUGGCUUUGAAAAAAAUGAAGUUAAAUGUCUUACUAAGCAGACUGGCUACACAAAUGUAACUGAAAUACAUGUUUUUUGCUGAUUUGACUUUCUGAAAGAUGUUGAGCGCAUCGAAUGUUUUCUGUGUUAAGGUUUUCCUGGUUUGCCUUAGUUUGUAUUAAGCUUUCCAAUUGGUGACUAGUCAGAUCAUAUGAUGAGAAAUUCCGGACUGUUGAACAUGAAAGCCGUAGUCCACGGUUUUCUGGCGCGGAAAUAAGUUCAAUCACCGGAAAAGACUGGAAAGUGAAUGACGCCUGCAGUGUGUUGCAGCCGAGCGUUUCAUUACUUUCUAGAUUCCGAUUCAGAUAACAAAAUUGCCUUUGUCUUUCUUUUUAUUUCCCUGCAGCUGAAGACUCCCGCCUUCAGGGGCACGACCCUCGUAAAUGGCUUGUGGCCGACAAGGAAACUCUUAAGCGUCGCCUGUCACUCAUUGAGGCCAAAAACGAAGUUAAAGCUCUAGCCAGCAGAUUCCGAAGAGAAAAUGGUAACUCUACGAAUCCUCGAGAGAUUGUGGCUGCCAUCGCAGAACGAGGGAGACAAGAAAGACCAGAUGAAGAUGCCAGAAAAAUAAUCAAAGAAUUUUUGGCAAAGGACAGAGGAAGCAAAAUCCACAAGCGAAGCACUAUGUCGCACGAAAGUCUCUUGGCACAUAGAAGCAACUAUGUCGACAAUGCGCGUGAAAAUUGCUUCAAGGACGCCUCAUAUGGAGAAAAUUGUGCAAACGAUCAAACGAGAAAAAGUCAAAGAAGGUUUUUUAGCCGACCCCAUUCCCGCACAAUGGAAUCGAAACCCUCCUCCCCAACAGGUAAAGACAUUCCAUUGCUAGCGUUCAAAGAGAACGAUAACGUCUCGGAUCAAAAGAAAGGAUCGCAAAUUAAAGAUCUAUCACCAAAUCCUGUUGCAUUCACACUUAACAGCACUAAAGAAAAAGGUAUCAGGCCUCCUUUUCCUAAAAAAGGAAUAUUAAAGAGGACCAGCGGGGAUUCAUCGAGCUGGCAAGGCAGCGACUCAAUGGAAACCUCGUUCUCUGCGCUCGAGAACGCUAAGAGCGAUGAGGACAAUCCAACCUGUUCCGAGCAAAGUAAAGAAGAAUCUGCUAAGAAUCCGAAACAAAAAAGCAAGUUCAAAGUGCCAUUCCUGAAGGAACAAAAAAAAGAAGAUGUAAAAAUACUCUUGGCCACUCCAGAGAAUAGCGAAAUAGUGGAGGACUCGCCCAAGUUGGAACGUGCUGCCAACCGAAUGAACUCUACGGGAAAGAACCCAUUCACAGAAAUAAAAGUGAACAGUGAGUUAGAUUUCAUCGCUCCGGACAAACGUUGUGCAUGUCAGCAAGAGGCAGGACACAAAAAUGAACGACUACAUGCUAAUUGUCUGGAUUCGGAGUGUCAAUCUAUUACCCAAAAAACUGACUCGAGCGCGGGCUGUUUUCCUUCGAUGCCGGCGAUCUUGGAGCCCGGCAAGGGAGAGUCAAUGGUAACAAAAUGAUUCCAAUAUUUUGUAUACAUAUCAUCAUCGUGGUUGAUUAGGGACCAGUCAAUUUUUACGUAUCAUCUAUUGCGGGGAAGGAUCAGAGGAAUUUUGGGGGAAUUACAUGGAUUCGAAGUGGAACGAAGCGGGGAAUCAGUCUCGCUAACAAUGUAUAAACAGGGAACGAUAGAACAUUGACUGCCAAUUAAUUAACUGCCAGUGAGGGGAGAAUCAUUGGAAUAUUACAAAGCCUUAUGGGAGGACCAGCUUAAUUUUUUCAUGACACAACUAAAAUCUCCCGACCCUCUACCCCUCAGGGAAUAAGUAAUAACAAGAGCUAGUAAUGGGCUUCUGGUAAUAAUCUGUGCUUUGCUAAUUAAACAUUAGUACGUAAAUUUUAAAAAAAAACUUAAUGUUGUUCGGAUCGUUUAAAAUUUUGACGUGACUCUAAAAUUAAAUUAUAACUCGUGAUUAAGACUGUCUCGUGUAUGUCAUUUCAUUAUAAGAAUUAAGGAAGAUGAUUCACCGCCAUUAUUUUUUAUUUUCAGUGUCGACACAGGUUCCUGUAGAUUUUGACCGCAAUGUUAUGGUUUUAUGACAAC